UAUCAGUUCAUCAUGAAUCAGUUAGCCAGAACAUUGAGAAUUGGUUGUAUUCAAUUGAAAGUUUGUGCUAAUAAAACUGAAAAUGUUGCUCGUGCACUUAACAAAAUUCGUGAAGCAAAAAUGAAAGGAGCUGAGAUAGUUUCAUUACCAGAGUGUUUUAAUAGCUUGUAUGGAACUUCUUACUUUCCUGAAUAUGCAGAACCCAUUCCUGGGGAAACCACAAAUCUCCUUUCACAAAUAGCGAAGGAAUUAGAAAUUAUUGUUAUCGGUGGAACAAUUCCUGAACGGGAUGGUGACAAGUUAUUCAAUACAGCAACUGUUUGGGGAAAGUCUGGAGAAUUGCUAGCGAAGUAUCGCAAAAUGCAUUUAUUUGACAUAGACAUACCUAAUGAAAUCACAUUUAAAGAAUCAGAUUCUUUAACAGCUGGAAAUGAACUCGCAAUCAUUGAUGUUAAAGAUUUUAAGAUUGGAUUGGGAAUUUGCUAUGAUAUUCGAUUCGAAGAACUUGCCAAAUUAUAUAGAAAACAAGGCUGUAACAUGCUUGUCUAUCCAGGUGCAUUUAAUAUGAAGACAGGUCCUUUACAUUGGGAAUUACUAGCAAGAUCUAGAGCUAACGACAAUCAACUUUUUACUGCAUUAAUUUCUCCUGCAAGAGAUGUAAAUGCCUCUUAUGUUGCUUAUGGUCAUUCAUGUGUUAUUGAUCCAUGGGGGAAGGUUCUUUACAUGGCUGAAUCCGAUGAGGAAUUGUUUGUUGUAGAUUUGGAAUUGGACGUUUCUGAUAAGGUUCGAUCAAAUAUUCCGAUAUUCAGUCAACGCCGUGUCGAUGUUUAUGAUACAAUUGAAAAUAAGUGAUUUCAGUCAAGUGUUAUUAAAAUGAACGAAUUUUGAAUUUUUUGUUGAUAAUGCUGAAUAGCUGUAUAAAUAAAUAUUUUUUUAAGUGAUUUUUUAA